AUGUCUCGGCCGCGCCGUCGUGAACUCGGUUUGUCUAGUCGAGAGUAUGAGGAGGCUGUGAUUCUGGAGCGUAUGUUCCAGCUGCUGAAGCGCAAUCGCUGUGCGACCUGCCUUGUUCGGAAACCGACUCAUGUCGAUCCGGAUCGCGACGAGCUUCUCUGCGCCAGCUGCGUUAGGCGCUGCCCUUACGCGUCUAAAGUAGGCCACGAUCACGUGCCAAAAGCGGUUGUUGAACGGCUGGAAGCCGCAUAUGCGCGACGUUCAAACAAUAAGACUGGCACUGAGGUGAAGACGGAGAAGAAAAAGCACAGUGCGCAUCGAAGAAAGCGUUCGCCUUCUCCAAGGCGCGGAAAUGCGUCGCCUUCCGUUUCAGUGGAGCGUCCCAAACAUUCGCACCACAAGAAGCAAUGGAACUCGUCGGCUAGCGUUUCUACUGAAGGUAGCGUGUACAACCGAACGCCAGCGCGCUCUAAGCACCGUUCUCACCGUGGCCGGCAUGCCUCAGUCUCGUCCGGCUCCGUAACCCCUCGCGGCGUUUCUGUAGCGCGACGUGGAGAAGAGGAUUUGUUUGCUGGAGCUCCCAGCGGUUGGGAUGAUUUUGACAGCCGCCCUGCACGGCUACCAGGCCGGAAAAGCUACGACCGCCCUCCUGAGCCCCGACGCGCCGAAGAUAUACGGCACGCAUCGUCUCGGCAUCACAACCCCGCUGUGCGUGCGCCGGAUAUGCGUUCGUCGCGGCCACAGGUAGAUCCUUAUGGUUACGAGCUGCCUGUGACGGACGACAUGCCAGGGAUGAUGGGAAUUAUGGCGAAUAGGCCGACCGUCCGUGACAUGGGCCGGAUGGUCCGCCCUGCCGAAGAGAACUUCACCAGGCCUCGUGAAACCAUGAAUCGACCUGGGUACUAUGAGGAUCCUUACGAUGCGCAAUACAGAUCGCAACGUAUGUCGCGGCCGGAGUACAACGGCGGUGAAGGUGAUCGCAAACCGCCGAUGGAUUACGGCACACCAGCGAGCAACUACCCUCCAAGGAGCAAGCCUUACAACACGGCGAGCCACGACUACAACCCGCAUCCGAACGACUACGCGGCACCCCCGCUCCGGCCAGUUGGCGGUAACCCCUUCGCGAAAGGUGCCAACAGCGGAGCCGACCGCUUCGAGAUGUCGAGUCUGCGUUUGGCGCUUCCAUCGUCUGGGCCCAACCCCGCACGCGAAACGCGCAACAAUUAUGGCCGUUACGAUGUUGUACCGUCGCAACCGACUGGUGUUGCCAUUUAUGGCGGCCUGUACGGCCGGCGCCCUCGCCGGUAG